GGCGAAUGGAUGGAUAUCACCAAUCGAAAGAAUGGAUACCGUCCACCAACACACUGAUAAGUCAAAGGACAAUGAAUCACAAAUGAAGUUUAAUUGGAAACUUCAGCCAAUUCUGCCUGAUGAAUAUACUCGAUUGCCAUCUCUUGAAAAAUCUUUUAUUGGUAUUUUGAAGGAUAAGAAAAAUAUAUCUAAAGUGAUUGUCGACUUGACUAACAGCUUACCAACUCCUCAACAUUUGAAACGUUGUUCCGGAUUACGCAUAUACUUAGCAUAUGUUAAUAAAGUGAAUGGCAGUCAGACAAAUUUGAAGGCAUUAUUAGUGGAGAAUGGAUUUGAUAUUUCUCUAUUAGAGGAUGAUUAUGAAAUUGCCGAUAUACCGUCAGUGGCACCUAGAACUAAAGCUCAGAUGACUUAUGCCUUAAAAUACUGGCCCGUAAAUUUUCAUCCAAAUCCUUACGUAGAGGCUUUGAUAUCUGGAUCGGUAUUUAAUGAUGCUCAAUUACGUUCGUUAGAGACAUAUAUGAAAAUAGCAAUUUGUAUUGCCGAAAAAAGUGCAGUUGGCACAAAAGAUUGUAAUGGAAGUGCUAUAAUCGUUGAUCCUGUGAAUGGAAAUAUUCUAUCAAUGGCUGCAUCCAGCAUAGAUAAACAUCCAAUGUGGCAUGCUUCGAUGUUAGCUAUAGAUCUUGUUGCUAGAUUACAGGGUGGCGGGUCCUGGAACUUAUUUAAUAAUGCUAAAGAUGGAACGAAGAUUGUUGAAUCAAAAUAUCAUAAUCGAAUGUUUCCUUAUUAUCCAGAAUGUUUAAAUACAAAAGAUUCAUUUCCAUCGGAGAGCUUAUUGUUUAAAAAACCCGAUCAGAAGAAUAAAAAUCUUAAGAAAAAAAUAGAUAGUAAAUAUGAACCAUAUCUUUGCACAGGUUACUGGGCAAUACUUUUGCAGGAACCGUGUCCUCUUUGCGCAAUGGCUUUACUUCAUUCACGAGUGUCACGAAUAUUUUACGGCCUGUCUAAUCCGCAAACUGGUAUUCUCGGUAGUCAAGCAAUUCUACAUUCAAUACCAGGAUUAAACCAUCGCUAUCAAGUGUGGAGUUCUCUUCUGCUUGACACAUGUCGUAAAACUCUUGAGAAGUGUCGUUGGAUAGAUGGUUCAUAAAAAUCGUAUCAGUACAUUUUCUAACAAAGUUUGAAAUACACAUUUUACAU